AUGGGGAAUUGUCAGACGAUAAACGCCGCAGCACUAGUUCUACAGCAUCCCGGCGGUAAAAUCGACAGGUACUAUGUCUCUAUCUCCGUCAGCGAGAUCAUGAGUAUGUAUCCUGGUCACUAUGUGUGUCUCAUCAUUCCUUUGACGGAGGAGGAAGAGAAGAAGGUUCCAACGACUGUUAAGAGAGAAGACAAGAAACACAAGAAGGGUGUGAGGUUUACACGUGUCCAGCUUCUCAGGCCUACGGAGAGUCUCGUGCUUGGUCAUGCUUACAGGCUCAUUACUUCACAAGAAGUGAUGAAGGUGUUAAGGGAGAAGAAAGGCGCGAAGACAAAGAAGCACCACGCUGAGACGAUGACGACGGUGAAGAAGUUGUUGGAGAAGAAUGUUCAGGAGAAGAAACAAGGGAAGCAGCAUCGUGUACUAACGAGUUCAGCUUCUUUCUUAAAAUCUAAAACAUGGAAGCCUUCUCUUCAGAGCAUCUCCGAAGCUACGAGCUGAAUGUUCUUGUUCGAGGGACAAGAAACCGUACUUGGAUUACUGAAUAAACACUUGA